AUGAGACAAAUCGUAAAGCUACUGUUUCUUGUUGGGUUAGCCAAUGUACAAUCGAAACUCUGCAACAAUCACCAUUGGAAAACUAUAACCUGUCACGGUAUAAGUUCGUUGGAUCAGCUAAAGAAAAGCGUUGAGGAAUGCAUUGAGAAAGACAAAGUUCCAAGGGCGGAUUUUAUUAAAUUAGAACUCACAAACAGUGAGAUUGGAUUUCUUCAGCCGAACACCUUCGUAGGUUACCAACAUUUAAAAGCUUUAUGGUUUUUUUCUAGCAACAUUACGAAUAUACCCAAUGGAAGUUUUAAACCUUUAAAAAAAUUGGAAGUGUUCGAAAUUGGCUCUAGCAAAGUAGGCAAUAUUGAAGAUAAAGCGUUUGAAGGAAUGUUUAAUGUGAAAUCGUUUAAAAUCUUUGGAACGAAAGUGUCGCGCUUUGCCAAGAAAGCAUUUGCUGACAUGCAUGCUUUGUUCCAAGUAGAAUUUCACGAUAACGAGUUGGAGGAAGUUGAUGAAGGUGCCUUUGAUAGUUCCCCAAAUCUUACCCAUCUGUAUAUUCAUACAAACAGGCAUGUGAAAAUCUCAAACAACCUGCUUGCAAAAUUGGUAUCACUGAAAACUUUGUUUCUUAGCGAGAACGACUGGGUUCAGUUAGAUAAUGACAUGUUCAGAGGGUUAUUUAAGCUCCAAACACUUUGGCUGCAUGGCAAUCGCUUGGAGACGUUACCAUCUCAAGUCUUCAACGAUCAAAGCUCAUUGUAUGAGCUACACUUGGAGAAUAACACUGUAAAGGAUAUACCCAGUGACUUGUUCGCGCAAUUAAAAAACCUUCGCAAUCUUUAUCUUUCCAAGAAUAAACUUCACAGCCUCCCAGGCACCAUUUUCAAACAAACGAAUAAUAUAUGGGUCAUCGAUCUUUCGGAUAACCAACUGACAGCUUUGGAUGGGGUAUUCGCUGGGCUUUCAGAGCUUACUGCAGUUUACUUAGCCAGAAACCUUCUGUCAUCAGUUCCCAAUGGCACCUUCUCCGACUGUUCCAAGCUCUCCGUACUGGAUGUGGCAGAAAACCAAAUCGAGAGGAUUUCACCUGGAAUGUUCUCAGGUGCACACGCAUUGGAAGACGUUGUAUUCCACGGCAACAAGAUCGGUACAGUUGAACCCGCCUCUUUCGAUAGUCUAACUGAAUUAAAAGCCCUGACUCUCACAAAAAAUAGGCUCAGGUUACUUCCACGUGGAGCGUUCGACAAGAACGUUAAGUUAGAGUCGCUCUAUUUAGCAGAUAAUGAAAUCUACUAUUUGGAAAAAGGAAUCUUUGACAACUUGCCCAAUCUGUCCAACCUAGAUUUGAGCAACAACAAGAUUAUGAAUUUCGAAUCUGGUACCUUUAAAAAUUUGAAGCUUGUCCGAUUCAUGUUCUUCAGCAACAAUCAGCUGAGUAGCAUAGUAACGAAGAUGUUUGAAGGGUUAAGUUCGUUGGGAUACCUUAAUAUCUCAAAGAAUCCCAUUGGAUCCAUAUCCUGCGAGGCUUUUAAGGACUUAUCAUCCUUGACAUCGCUACAGAUAGAAAAUGUUGAUGUAGAAGCCUUUCCUUCUGGAUGCUUUUCCAGCUUGAAAAAAGUAAGGUUUUUUAACAUUAACAGCUCCAGGCUAAAGCGGUUGAAUAAAGGGAUGUUCGCCGGUGUGGGAGAGAUAAGACACUUCUCCUUGUCGGGGAACCGCAUCGACCAUAUAGAAGUGGGCGCGUUUGAGGGAUUAGGCGAAGUCACCACCUUACACUUGCAUGAAAAUCGGCUUUCAGAAAUCAAAGGAGAGAUGUUCACUGGCCUACGGAACGUCCAAAAUCUCACGUUGAGUGAUAACAAAAUCGUUUCAAUCGACAAAGGCGGCUUCCAGGUGUUUCCAUACUUGCGCCAUCUCUACUUGGGACAAAACAACCUUCAAAACCUAAAGGGCGACGAAUUUACAACCGCCCGCGGCUUGACAGUCUUAGACUUGCAUAUGAACGGUAUCAAGAGUUUGCCAACCGACAUCUUCAAGCCGAUAGACAUACUUUCGUCGCUGAAUCUGGCCUUCAACAAACUGGGGACGUUACAAAAGGGUUCGAUACCAAUCAUACAUAUGUUGGAGUACUUGAAGUUAGGUAACAACGGAAUUGAUGAUAUCAAACCAGGUACGUUCGAGGGUUUUGAGUCGCUUUUGGAGUUGGAUUUGUCUAACAACACCUUAAAGCAUGUCAAUGAGGGAAUGUUCCAAGGACUUGACAGAAUGACUUCCCUCAACCUUGAGCAUAAUGAGAUAAGCGACUUGAACCCGGACGUCUUCAACAAUCUAAUCUCAUUGAGAGGUGUACGUUUGGGAGGUAACAAACUUAGCUCCGGUGUUAUGGAUGACAUCAAAAAGAGGUACCCAGAAUCAACGUAA